AAUCGCGACGAUUAGAAGCGAAAUUUCCCGAACGCGAAAAGGGGCCCGAUCGGUCGUCAACUGGAAUAGACCGCGGAAGGUGAGAAAUUGGUUGGUUGUGUUGCGCGCGUUAUCCCGUGCGCUUCGAUCGAUGCGAGUCAACGCAUCGGACGGACAUGGAAUAGUGCUCGAGACGAACCAUGUGGCUGCGAGAACGAAUACUAUGUUGAAGUGGACUUGUUACGCGGCUCUGUCGAAGAAUCGCGCAUCCCGGCCGACUUCGUUGGACGAGCGGGAGAAGAGGACAGACUACGAGAAUGCGCCGUCGCGGUAUUCGCGAAUAGAAAAAGUUUCCCCCUGUCGGUCGGAGGACGUAGAAAUAUUGCGAGAAUCCUCGACGAUAAAGUUGUUCGGGGGCUCCGAUCCCAGGGUGGCUACUUGCAGAGGAAAGCUGCAGAACAAACGAAGCAAACUGAAUCAGGAGAUCAACAAGGAACUUCGGUUACGAGCCGGUGCGGAAAAUCUCUUCAAGGCGACCACGAACAGAAAGCUGCGAGAAACCGUUGCACUGGAAUUGAGUUUCGUCAAUUCAAACCUGCAGUUGCUGAAGGAGCAGCUCGCCGAGCUGAACAGCUCGGUCGAGCUUUAUCAGAACAUAGACAGCGAGGAACCGGCAAUGCCGAUGAUACCGUUGGGACUGAAGGAAACCAAAGAUAUCGACUUUCGGGAUCCAUUCAAGGACUUUAUCCUCGAACACUAUAGCGAAGAUGGAGGAAAUUACGAGGAAGCGAUCGCGGACCUGAUGGAGACUAGACAGGCAACGCGAACACCGACCAGAGACGCAACAGGCAUCGCGUUGCUGUUGCGUUAUUACAAUCAACUGUAUUUCGUGGAAAGAAGAUUCUUCCCUCCCGAUCGAAGUCUCGGCAUCUACUUCGAAUGGUUCGACUCGCUGACAGGUGUUCCGAGCUGCCAACGAACAGUCGCGUUUGAGAAGGCUUCUAUCUUGUUCAACGCAGCCGCCCUCUAUACUCAAUUGGCCGCGAAGCAAGAUCGUCUGUCCACGCGAGGCUUGGAUCAGGCGAUCGACGCGUUCCUCCGAGCCGCUGGUACCUUUCGUUACAUACACGAAAACUUUACCAACGCACCGAGUAUGGAUCUUGGGCCGGACAUGCUCGAGAUGCUCGUUCAACUGAUGCUGGCUCAAGCGAGGGAAUGCUUGUUCGAAAAGCUGGAACUUCAAUCGAAGGACGGGAGGAACAUCGACGUUUGUCUAGAUCUAGCGCAGGAAGCGUCACAGGUUGCGGCCGUCUACAGCGAUGUCCACGGGUUAAUCUCGCGCGAACCUGUCCGCGACUACGUUCCGGAGACCUGGAUUUCGUUGAUCAUGGUAAAACGCGAGCACCACUUGGCUCUCGCGCACAAACAUCUUGCGCUUGGACUGUUCGAUAGGCCAUUCACCGAAUGGCGUGCGGAAACUAAACUCGCGCUUGAGCACGUGCAAAAGAGCGACGGAAAAACGCAACUAGACGUGAUCGUGCCACGAGAUGAAAACGAAAGGAAGCUGUUAGCAAAAGCGCAUCUCAGGGAAGCUUUGGUCUUGCACGAAGAAAGCCAAAGGCUGCAAAGGAUGUGCAGAGACUUGAAAGCGAAACAGGCGCUCGCCAAAGUUUUAAAGAGGGUACAGGAAUCGACGAUGGAGGAUUACAACGGAAUCGGGGACGAGGAUGAUUUUCGAGGGUUAUUAGAUCCCCCGGAUAUUAUAGCGUCUACGAAAUUUCAACUGAACAUCACGCAUCCAGAUUUUGGGCAACACGGAGUAGAAGAUCUUUUUAGAUCGUUAGGUCCUGUCGCUAUAUUUUCGGCUAAAAGGCAUUGGACUGCGCCACGAUUGAUACAGCUUCAACGAGGUCCUGACGGCGAGGGAUUCGGUUUUAGCGUUCGUGGAGAUGCUCCUGUAAUAAUCGCUGCAGUAGAUCACAAUUCGUUGGCUGACUUAGGUGGUAUGAAGGAAGGUGAUUUUAUAGUCGGAAUCGGCGAUAAAGACGCAAAGUGGUCCUCCCACGAUCAAGUAGUUCGAUUGAUCAAGCAAUCCGGUGAUUUUAUUAAUUUAAAACUGGUCACACCGAUGGAUAGAAAUUAUUUAAAGGUAUAAAGUCGAACGGCACGUUCGAGAGACGAAGAGGAUUAUGGAUGUACGCUAAGCGAGGCGACGAGAACGAUCGCUCGCGUUGAACUACGCGAAGACGAUGGGACCAAGGAAGAAGCGUUGAAGCAAUUCAGACAUUGGAUCGAAAAGCAUCCUAAUAUCAAACGUUGCAGGACGGAUGCGGCCUUUCUCCUAAGAUUCCUCAGGACCAAGAAGUUCAGUGUACCGAUGGCGGAAGAAAUGUUGGAACGUUAUCUGACUAUUAGGCAGUUGUAUCCAAACUGGUUUCAAAAUCUCGACAUCGAAGAUGCAGACAUCGAAGCUAUCAUAGAUGCUGGUUAUUUGAUACCACUGCUGGAACGCGAUCAACACGGUCGGCGAGUGAUACUUUCUUGCGCCGGGCGUUUUGAUCCGUACAAACACACGUCCGCACAAAUGGCUCGAGCUCAUAGUCUCGUGGUGGAGGCUCUAAUGGACGACGAGGAGAAUCAAGUUCGUGGAUAUACAUACGUCAACGACGAAUCCGGAUUAACGAUGGGCCACCUCAGCGCCUGGUCUAUAACGGAUAUUCGUAACAUGUUACGAUGCAUCCAAAACAGUACACCGAUGAGACACAAGGAAACACACUUUAUUAACAUUCCAAGUUGCGCGAUCAAAGUCAUUGAAUUUGGCAUCUCUCUUCUGAACGACAAGUUGAAGAACCGAAUCUUAUUGCACAAGAACGUGGAAGAGUUGAAAAGCGCGAUAGAUGCGAGAAUUUUGCCAAAAGAAUACGGUGGAGAAAUUCCGCUUUCUGAAAUGAUCGCCACAUUCAAGAAGACUUUAAGGGAACAAAGGAAUCGAAUAAAAGAACUCGAUGACAUGUACAUAGACGUCACAUCUACGGACUGUCAGUACGUUUCCAACGACAAUUUGAGCGGUACCUCUGGCUCUUUUCGCAAAUUAGAAGUCGACUGACUUCCUUCCUUUCCGC